AGGAAGGAAGGCGGAGCGCGGUGCAUGAUGGGACACGGGUGUAAUCUCCACCUCACAUCCCUCCAUCAGCCUCCCGCUGACCUCUGACAGCAAACACGGAAGCAGCAUGGCGUCAAACAGCAGCAGCAGCAGCGCGCAGCAGAGACUCCGGAUCAUAGCCGGACAUCUGCAGAAACGAAUAGAAGAUGAACACCCGAGAGUCGCUGCGCAGGAGUGCAAAGCCGAGACGCCCCGAUCCAACCCGAGCAGCACCACACCGGUCCCGAAGAGGAGACAGGAGAUCAUGAAGUGGAAUGGCUGGGGUUACAGUGACUCGAGGUUCCUCUUCAAUAAAAAGGGUCAAGCAGAGUUCACGGGGAAACGGUAUCGGUUGAGUGGGCUGAUUUUACCGAGUCUGAAGGACUGGUUUGAGGGCACGUUUGGAGCCAAUCUGCAGCAUAAAUCUCCUGCGACACCUACCGUGAAUUUGAGUGCAGUUGCUCCUCCGAACCUGAACGAGCCCUUCAUCAAGGAUCUGAAAGCAGCGGCUGUGGCCGUGUCACAUGACCCAGAGGACCGGGUUUUCCGAGCUCAUGGUCACUGCCUGCAUGAGAUCUUUGCCCUGCGCGAGGGGAGGAUAGGACGGGUGCCCGACAUGGUGGUUUGGCCGAGCUGUCAAAGUGAUGUAGAGAAGAUUGUGGAGCUGGCCUGCAAACACAACGUCUGCUUGAUACCCUACGGAGGUGGGACGAGUGUGUCCAGUGCUCUAGAGUGCCCUCAUGAGGAGACUCGCUCUAUUGUCUCUUUGGACACCUCUCAGAUGAACCGAAUAUUGUGGAUUGAUGAGAAGAAUCUAACGGCUCAUGUGGAGGCUGGGAUCAUCGGACAGGAUCUGGAGAGACAGCUGAAUGAGCGUGGUUACUGUACAGGCCACGAGCCGGACUCCAUGGAGUUCAGUUCUCUGGGCGGCUGGGUGGCCACACGGGCGUCAGGCAUGAAGAAAAACAUCUACGGCAACAUUGAGGACCUGGUGGUGCAUAUAAAGAUGGUGACCCCUAGAGGAGUGAUUGAGAAGAGCUGUCUGGGGCCCCGCAUGUCCACCGGCCCCGACAUACAUCACUUCAUCCUGGGCUCAGAGGGGACUCUGGGAGUGGUGACUGAAGUCACAAUGAAGAUCCGACCCAUUCCUGAGUAUCAGAAGUACGGCUCCAUUGUCUUCCCAAACUUCCAGCAGGGCGUGGCGUGCCUGAGAGAGGUGGCCAGACAGAGAUGCGCUCCAGCAUCCAUUCGGCUAAUGGACAACGAGCAGUUUCAGUUUGGUCAUGCGCUCAAGCCACAAGUGUCCUCCAUAUUCACAUCAUUCUUGGACGGACUGAAAAAAUUCUACAUCACAAAGUUUAAAGGCUUCGAUCCGCACCACCUGUGUGUCGCGACGCUGUUAUUUGAGGGGGAUCGUGGGAAGGUUUUGCAGCACGAGAAACAGGUUUACGACAUCGCAGCCAAAUUUGGGGGUCUGGCAGCAGGAGAGGAUAACGGUCAGAGGGGUUACAUGCUGACGUUUGUCAUCGCGUAUCUGCGGGAUUUGGGAAUGGACUACUAUGUGAUCGGAGAGUCGUUUGAGACGUCUGUGCCGUGGGACAGGGUUUUGGACUUGUGCAGGAAUGUGAAGGAGAGGAUUGUAAGAGAGUGUAAGGAGAGAGGAGUACAGUUCCCUCCGCUCUCCACAUGCAGAGUUACACAGACGUAUGACGCAGGUGCUUGUGUAUAUUUCUAUUUUGCCUUUAAUUACCGGGGUCUGAGUGAUCCAGUUCACGUCUAUGAACAAGUGGAGCAUGCAGCCCGGGAGGAGAUUCUAGCCAAUGGAGGAAGUCUGUCUCACCACCAUGGAGUGGGAAAACUCCGGAAGGAAUGGAUGAAAGAGAGCGUGUCCGGUGUGGGGCUCGGCAUGCUCAAGUCGGUGAAGGAGUAUGUGGACCCUCAGAACAUUUUUGGCAACAGAAACCUGUUGUAAUUCAGUAACAUUCUGUACCUGCGCAUUUUAUAUCAUCAUCUAGUCAUAUUUGAUUUAAACUUCAUAGUUUGUCUUUUUCUUAGUGUGUGUGUGUGUGUGUGUGUGUGUGUGUGUGUGCGCAGUGAUAUGAUAAACCUCUCCUCUGUUUCCCAUUAACUGGAACCGUUUGCAUUAUUGUCACCUUUGACCUCGUCGCUAGUGAGGUGGCAGGAUCACGUGACUUCGGUUCUCCCCAGUCUUCCCAAUGCUCGGACUGAACAGGUUUAUGAUACUGUAACGUCUGGCACUGCUGUUGUGUUUGGUGCAUUAGCAGUAACUCAAUUAUGCUUUUAAAAGCAGUGUGCCUUCUGUUCAUCCGUCCGUCCGUCCGUCUGUCUUCCACUCAUCUUUCUGAGUGGCUAAAUGUUUACUGUCUUUUAUCCCCCCUUCCUCACUGUACUUUUGCCUUUUCUAUUCGCCUGUCAAACUAGGUGUGUUAUCAUUUUUGGGUAAAUCUCAUGAAACAUGUCCUAUUUGUAUAAGAGAAAAACAAAGACAAUUAAGCCAUUUUUUUUUUACCAUUAAUAAUUAAUACUUAAUUGUAUUACACUUAAUAAUCUGCAUAAUCAUACUAUAAUUUACAAUUAUUCCCAUUACAGAAAUGAAAAAAGGGGAAUAUGAUUAACUGCAAUAAGAAAUAAAUCCUUCAAAAUUCUUACAUUUCUUGACACAAAAUAUUUAUUUUUUACACUUUAUAAUAAGGUUGUAUUGACUAACAUUAGUUAAUGCAAUAUUGACAUGAACAAACAAUAAACUACAGAUAUUAUGAAUUAAUUUCCACAUACAUUUUUUACUUCAUAAUGAGAUGUGUAUUUUAAAUGUGUAUAUACAUAUACAGGUAAACAGAUACCUUCUAUAUAUAUAUAUAUAUUAUACAUACAGAUAAAUAGAUGACAUGAACCAAGAAUUAUAAAUGCUCUAAAAUGUGUAUUGUAUCAGCGUUAACUAAUCUAUGUAACCCUAUUGUAAAGUGUAACUUUAUUUUCUCCCUGGACAUUUUUGUGAGAUUUAUCCUUGUAAGCCAGAUCUGCUGAAAGCUCCUCUGGUUAAACUGAGAUUUUGUCUUCGAGCACACGGUCUGGCUGACGGCGGUUUUGAACCGAGUGUAUUUGGUUUGGCUCUGAUCAUCUGAAUGAUCUGCAUCAAAUGUGUCCUUGUGUUUCUACCAAAGACUGUCUGCGUCUCUUGAGCCACACACACACAUCUGUACAUCCUGUAUAUAAACACGCUUUGAAGAGUACGCUCACCGAAGAUCCAUCAUGAUAAAUUGUAUUUUUUUAACACAACAUAUGCAAAAAGCCAGAGAUGAUCUGAACUGGGAUCUAAAACAUUAUAUGUGACUGUUACAUCAUUUGACUUGUAUGCAUUGCUCUGUUUGCAUCAGUUAUUAUACUCUGAGAGUCCUGUUCUUCUCGAAUCUUCAAGUGGUUUGACUUGUGUAUUUAGGAGACGCUUGCUUUCAGAGAAAUAGUUCACUUAAGACAGAACAUUUUCUCAUUAUUUACUCGCCCUCGUGUUGCUUCAAACUGAACGACUUUCUUCUGUAGAACACAAAAUGAGACGUUAGGAGGAAUGUUCAUGCUGCUUAUUUCCAAACCUAUGAAACAUUAUGGAAAGAGAUAAUUAAAAAAAAAAAAAAAAAAAAGUUGUCCAAACAGUGAAAGCAUUAUAAGUCUUCUGAAGUCAUAUGACAGAUUUAUAUGCUGCAGUUAUGUUAUGAGACUCAUGACACCAGACCUGGUGCACAUUAACACAUUAUUUGAAUAUGUACUGCUGAUACCUCUAUGGUGUUUUUUUGUUGUUGUUGUUGAUUUACUUUCAAUACACUAAAAAAAGCAGCAUGAACAUACUGUGCAAUUUCUGUGUUUCGGAGAAGAAAGCAAGCAGUGUGAUUUUGGAACAACGUGACUUUGGAUCUAAUGAUGAUAGUUUGGAUUUUUAUGUGAACUGUUAAGCUACGAAGUUGUGCAGACGUUAAACUCUGCUGCUGUUUGAAGAAAGAGAUUCAUUUAGUGUCUUAAAGGGAUAGUUCGCCUGGAGUGGCUGGUCCCCAUUGACUUCCACAGUAUGCAAAUCAAUGGGGACCAGCAACUGAAGGCGAACUGUCCCUUUAACAGUGUGUAUCCUGUUCAACAGGGCUUAAGACUUCUCACUUUACCACAGUGGCACUUUUGUGAAACAUUUAAGCCUAAACAAAUAAUCCAGUAGCCUUGCAGGGUCUUUAUUUCCAGACGUCCUGCCCUCUCCUUGAGCCUGUGAUGUUCAGCAGAGCUUUUUCACUGCUUUCUCAAAUGACACUACCAUUUAUUAAGUGUCAGAGGAGCUUUUUUGUCUGUUUGGAAUCCAUCUGUUUCUAAACUUUGUGUGUGUUUGUUGCUGAUACGCCAAAAUGAAGGAUCGGACGAGGUUUUGUUGCCCCUCAGAAUGAUUCCUGAAUGGUUUCAUCAUCAAACUUGUCAUGUUUCACUUUAAAAACAACAACAGCCGUAUUAAAAGAUUUUAAUCUAAAUGUUAUGAAAGCUCCCUUGUCUCUUCACAAAUUUUUCUGGUCGUGUGUUUAAUAUCAGAGUACAUUUUGUCAAAGCUGUUUGUGCAAUAAAUUAACAAUGUUUUAGA